AUGCCCGUCCAGAACGUGGAAGAUGCUCGCGAACGGCGAAGGCGGCAAAACCGCGAGUCUCAACAACGGUGGAGUACGUAUAACGAUCAACCUCCAACCCCCUAUUUCUGUUGCCUUACCAACCCUGUCCUAGGACAACGCCAUAAGCAGCCGAAGCAUAAUGGUACGGGGGAACCGAUUGAGCUAGCUCGUGCCUUGGACGCGCCCUUGCUGAGCCCGCCACCUUCAACCUCGGACUAUUCCUGGGAGCGGUCAGCAGAAGGCAAGGACUGCUGGUUUCAAACCGACCUCGUUUGGGCCUCUCCUUGGACCCUCUACGAUCCCGUCACACAGGGAGAUCGAGAAUCCAGCUGGCCAACUGGUCCUUACUGCGCGGCCCCAUACGACAGUCUUCCCACACCGCCGCUAUAUGAUCGUUUUGACGACUCAUCGGAGCUCGGUGCCGCGACAGAAGAUACCCUUGAGUAUGGAGAGCCUCCGGCGUUUCUCGUCGACACCAUCGCGCAUUCUUUGCCCCCAGCAAUGACAACAUCGAUGCCAAUACCACCCACAUCCAUGAUACAUACUCAAACUCAAACUCCUCACGACUAUAUACAGCUUCCACAUGAAAGGAGGACAUCCACCCCCAACGAGAUCGAGCAGCGCACAGAAAGGCACCGCACAGUCGCGAAGCGGAAAGUAUCCACCAUCUCCAGCUCAGAGGCAAGGUCUGGCAGAGAAGUAGGAGCAGAGCCAGAAACAGGUGCGGGUGAAGCAGCAGAAAAGGGAGCAGAGCCAGGUGCCGCCGCCGCAGAUUCGGCAUCCCUUUCAGCCGAAAAUGCCAUUGCUCAUGUCCAAGAACUCUAUCAUCUCGGUGUCAGAGUAGGGUUUCUGAGCGAGGACGCCAACGUGGGACAGUACCUUGAAGCCAUGAAGCGCGCGUAUCAGAAGAUACCGUUGCUGAAGGAUACUUCGUUCACCCGGGACUACCCGAAUAAAUAG